AUGGCUCAAAGGGUGCCUGAUGCUGAAGAGACGGGUGUCAUCAUAUGUGGCGGUGGCCCGACAGGGACGGUGCUUUCAGCCCUGCUGGGGGCAAUGAAAGUGCCCACCAUCGUGCUGGAGCGGGAGAAAGACAUCACCACCGACCCAAGAGGCAUCGCCUUGGAUGAGGAUGGAAUCCGAAUACUACAGUCAAUUGGAAUCUACGAUCAGGUAUACACAGAGAUUGGGACGUGUAUGGAGAUAUUCAAUUUCGUCACUGGAAGUGAGCCGAACCUAUACAAAAAGCCACUGCUCACUAUGGACUACACGACGACGGAGGGAGGCACUGGCCAUGUCGGAUUUAUAUGCCACAAGCAGCCAGCAAUGGAGAAGGCGAUCCGAGACCGGAUCCACAAAAUCCCCUUCUCAGAAAUCCGGACCGAGUCUACAUUGAUCGGAAUAUCCGAAGAUCGUCACCGGGUCAUGGUCGAGUACAAGGAUCCACGAGGAGAGAUCCGAAGAUUGACAGCACCGUUCUUAGUCGGUGCAGAUGGGAAGACAGGCUACGUCAGGAAGUGCUAUCUCGAACCGAAGGGUGUCAUUUUGGAACGAUGCAAAGAGUCGGACUACGAGGAAACAUGGGUUGCGCUGAACUGGCAGAUCUCACUACCCACCGAAAAGACCCACCCAGACUUUCCCCUCUGGAGACUCGGGUAUACGCCCGAACAAGUCUACGAUCAAUUCUUCCCCAAGCAGUUCCGGUUCCUGUGCAAUCAUAAGCGCCCUUCGGUUUGCGGAAGAUUCGGUCUGAUGUCGGAUCGGCUGUGGAGGUUCGAAUUCGUUGUUCUAAAAGGCGAAGACGGCCACAAAAUGGCUACGCCCGAGGAGACGAGCAAAAUCAUCUAUCCUUAUCUCACCCACCCCGGCAGCUGGUAUGGUCUACAACAUCCAGUCAGGUUUCCUGAGGAUUGUGUCAAGACUUUGAGAUCUCGGCCUUUCUCUUUCGUGGCGAGGAGCUGUAACAAGUGGUCCUUGGGAAGGGUCAUCUUGGCUGGUGACGCGGCUCAUGUCUUCCCUCCUUUCGGCGGGCAAGGGAUUGCUUCUGGAUUUCGAGAUGCAUCUGCACUGGCCUGGAGGCUGGCGUUGUUACACCAGCAUCCGACAACGGACUAUGAAGCUCUGUUCACGGCAUGGUAUACCGAACGCAAGCAACAGCUCGAGCGCUCCCUAGCCGCCACCAUCCAGAACGGGGCGUACGUGACAGAAUCCGACCCCAUCAAGGUCUUCAUUCGCGAAUGGUACAUGUGGGCUAUCCAACUUGUCCCCAGCUGGAGGAAAGAACUUCGGAAAGGGGCCCGAGCACAAGGCAUGACAAAAUAUCGCUACAGCCCCGGACUGGCAUUUGUGGGGGAGAUGGGAGGCGGCCUGCUUCUCCCACAAAUCUACGCUUUCAACUUCAGGAAGAACACGAUCGAAUUCACGGAUGAUUUGAUCUUCUCUCCCGAUAAAAAGGGGUUGUUCCAGCUGCUUGUCUUACCGGACAGGGUGGACCAGAUCGAGUCACUUACGCGAGACCUCGAGAACAUCAGUCAACUCUCAGACACCUUGCUCCUUGGUGAGGAAGCCACCAUCCUCAUCCAGUCCACGAGUGCAUCGAUCUCCGCCGGAGACAUGCCCACGCAACAGGUGGCACGCGUUGCAACCGGCGACGAAUUCGCGCUGGACCCGCUUCUCUGCAAGAACCGACCUCCCCCAGUCGGUUACGACGAGUGGCGGCUUCGCAGGGAGACAAAGGCUAAGAAGUACGUGAUUCUGAGACCGGAUCGCUUUGUGUUUGCAGCUUGCGAUACACCUGCGGAGCUGAGAGAGGCCGUCAGCAAAAUCGCAAGUGCGUUGCAUGUGGCUUGA